UCUUUGAAUUUGUUGAUUUUUGGACGCAAGAGGAAUUAUAUAAAAGCAAUCCUUCAUUGAUUUAUACACGUGUUUCUGGAUACGGACAAACUGGUCCAUAUGCAACAAAACCUGGAUAUGCAUCUGUUUGUGAAGGAAUGGCAGGAUUUCGUUACAUUAAUGGAUUUCCGGGAGGACCACCUGUUCGUCCUAAUAUGUCACUUGGGGACUCCGUAGCGGGACUCACAGCUGCAUUAGGAGUAACUCUGGGUCUCCUAGCAAAGAAUAAAUUGGCUAACGCUUCAAAAAGUGUUACAGGUCAGGUAAUCGACGUUGCUAUUUACGAGUCAAUGUUUAAUAUGAUGGAAGGGAUAUUGCCAGAGUAUGAUCGAUUUGGCGAGAUACGACAACCAUCAGGCACGACCUUAACUGGAAUUGUACCCACGAACGCGUAUCCAUGUUCCGAUAACAAAUAUGUAAUAAUCGGUGGUAAUGGCGAUGGCAUUUACAAACGAUUAAUGCGCACUGCGGGCCGAGAGGAUUUAACAACAUCUGAUUACGAAACCAAUAAAGAGCGAGUAAUUCAUAAAGAUCUGAUUGAUAGCGCGAUUUCGGACUGGACGCGAACUUUAACGGCUAAAGAGGUCGUUGAGAAACUAGAAAAUGCCGGUGUGCCUACCGGCCUAAUUUAUAAUAUUGAAGAUUUUGUUAAUGAUGAGCAUGUGAAAGCGCGUGGUAUUUUGGAAGUUGUUCGUGUGGAACGGCGUGGUAAAAUAGAGAAAAGCGGGAGCGAGAAGAGUAAUAAUAAUGAAAGUGAUAAAGAUGAUGACGGGUGGGAUCUGACGAUACCAGCUAUUACUCCGAAACUCGAAAGUACACCGGGAGAGACAUUAUGGGCAGGACCUGAUGUUGGACAACAUAAUCGCGAGAUAUUUUAUGAUAUUUUAGAAUUGAAUGAGGAUCGGGUAAAAGAGUUACAAGCGAGCGGGGUGAUUGGAGAAACUAUAUAA